CUCCACCUCCACCACCCACACCACUACAGUCAUUGACACCAACGCAGCGUCUAAAAUGCCUAUCUACCUAAUCUCCAAAGCCGCAGAUCCCAUCUUCGCCUUCGCGAUAGGCACCACCGCCGCCCUCCUGCGCAUCCAGCGCGAACAGCGCGAGAAAUUUCCCGAGCGGGCCAAGGACAUCGGGAUCGGGGGUGUGGUGCAGCUGGGGGCGAGGCGGGUCCAACGCUGGUGGGCGGGCGAUUUCGCAGGGCUGUGAUGCCUCGCAGAGUAGAUGGACAUCUCGUUCUUGUUCGACCCUGUACGCUGCACGGUUCCUGUCCGCCAGGCGUACGGCCCAUGGCCUCGGGACUUUCCCUCUCGUCGGGGAUACAAUUGGUGGCUUGAUGGUGCGGAGGUUUGGGGGUGUUGAGAGGGAAGGCAGCAGCACGCGCUGAUCGGGUUCGGGCUGAGUUGGGAGGCGGGUUUGAAAGUGAUACCUCUGAUGAUGCUAUAUCUAUGGUCAGUCAGACUACUGCCUCUGGUCGAUGCUUUGCACAGUAUAUGAAUGUAUGUGUUUGUGGAUAAUGGCGUGGCGUUGAGGGGAAUGCGGUUGAUUUACA